AUGUCUUUAUAUUGUGUUUCAGCUGUAGCACAUCACUAUUUAGAAGACAAACAACAAUACACUGAGAGUAGAGAUGUUACUUGGAUUCCAAAGAAUAGAAGACCUGAUAAACUGAGAGACACUUUAAAAGAGCUAGAGGAGCUGAUGUUGUCCCAUAAUUGUGUACAUAUCAGAUGGAAGGGAAGAAAGUUGUUUCAGAUUUUAUUAAGUAAUGGUGUUUUAGUUACAAUUCAAAUAUCAGUUCAUUCAGGGGAUAUUGAAAAGUUAACAAUUGAUAAAUCUCUGCAAGGCAAACUAGCAGCUGACCCUGUCAAUGAUGCAAUCAUCACCGACAGUUUUUUGAUGUUUACAUAUCCUGAGAAACCUAAAGCCACUUUAGUUUAUUUUAAUAAGAAACCUUCUGUUGGUGAAACUGCAUCCAAGAAAAUAGAAAAACUAUCAACAUACGAUCCAAAGUUUUCACAUCUUGACUUACCAGGACCAAAAGGAAAGAGACUAGAGAGAAAGUUAUCAAUAAAUACUCAUCAAGAAUGGGUAAGGUACACUUGA